CGCUCAGUGCUGUGACUGAGAGGAAGAGCUGCGAGUUUUGCGAGUUUAUCUCCUCUUCAAGAGGGCACCGAGUGUGUCCCUUUCUUCCCAGACGCAGCCCCGCCCUUAAAAGCCAUUUCAAUCACCAUUAAUCACCCCGAAUUGUGCUUGUGUAGACAAACAUCGCAGCUGGUGUUCGAGAUAGUAACUACUUUGAAUCAUCUUAAAGAAAAGUCCCCUGUCUUCAAAGCGAAUAUUGCUUGAAUAGAACCGAUAUUAACGUGAUUGACAAGUUACAACAUAUAUUCAAGAGGAUUUGAGUUUUAGGUGCUUUCCAAUACGUAAGAAAAUCUAUUGUGUAACAGCUGGCCUGAUAGAUCUUGUGACGGCUCGGCGCUGAUACAGUCCUCUUGAAAAUGUAUAAUUAAAGGUAUUGUGGAAAUAUUAAUAUUGACAGAACCCGAUUUCUGGGUUUUAAGACGACGAUUGCACAGUGGAAUAGCUGCCUUCUGCAAGAUGAUUUGCAGCACGAAGAGUUAAUGCAUUGAAGGUGUGUGGGAAGCUAACGUCCUUCACCUGUGUACUGAGGAGCCCCUUCACCUGUGUACUGAGGAGCCCCUCAUCUAUGCAACAGAAAGCCUCACCACUGACAUCACCUCUGCUCCAGGAAACAUCGAACCCUGCUUCACUUGUGCGCAGAUACACUCGCUAAGCUUAGCCUGUGCACAGGAAAACUGUCUCGGCUUCACCUGAGCAACACACAUUCAAUUCCCUUCCCACUCGUCAAUUUACUGCUCAACUAAUUAAAUAUAAUCAAAUCCUAACUCAAUCUGUUCCAUCAAGCUGCGUAUUAAAGAAGCAUCUUGCUGAACAAAUCCACAAGGGCUGUGACGAGGAUUCGAACCUGCGUCCGGGAGCAUCCCAGACACUGCCUUAAUCGACUGAGCUACGACAGGGUUAAAAGGGUUGAAACCGAAGUUCUACUGAACUUACUGGAUCCCGUAGCCUCUCCGAGGCACAAACCAGGCUUUUACACAACCUGUGUGUGAAGCAUCUUGCUCUCUAUUUCCCCAACCAUAAAGAAAUCAUUUAAAACCAAACAAAACCAUCUCUUCCGAUUUGGAGGAUUUUGUAGUCAUCUUCUUGUAUAGUUAAAAGCUGUAUUAUGCGGGACAAUCAUGGAAGAUGGACUUUACGUAGAUCUAACAAAUAGGUGACAAACAAUAUUGCAUAAGAACCUUGCAAUACAUACGCAUGUAUCGUACGCCUGGCAGGGAACAAACUCGUUCUCUACUCUGGUUGAAAUUGCAAAGAUUCGCGGCAGUGGAGGCAAGUCUUUAAUAUUAUCAAGUGUUGGGGAUUUUUCAGUGAUACUGCUCUUCCCAGGUCAUUGCCAUGGACCUGUACCAUUUUCGUGACCUGUCGGAUCCAGCCAGGUCACUCUCGUUAGUGUAAUGCUGACCUUUUGACCCCAGUGAGUCAAACUAUGAUCCAGUGAUAGUGAUUUUUGACCAAAUGAAUCGAGCAAGUCAAGCUGUGACCCAUGCACCUGAUCGAGGGAGAGCUGCGAGAUAACGUCAUUACCCCAAUGCUGACUUGUCCUGACCUUAGAGACCUGUUGUUGAUAACGAAGCCACGGUCCAGGAGACCAACCAACGCUCAUGACGAAUAACGGACCAGCCUCCAGCAUGAAGUCUUUUGUGAACUGGAUCAUAUUAUUUUCUCUAGCCAGAAUAGUGUCGGUGCAAGAGCCUGUCACCUCAACCACUACAGCUACCACCAUCCCUACCACCACCACUACAACCACCACAACCACCACUGCUGAAUACACAUCAAAUACCAAGAGAGUUGUAGUCACCAUUGACUCUUCAACCGAGGGCUCGGCCCCGACCACCACUGCAGCAGCGAAGGAGCCUACCCAAGACGCCAUACCUACAGGACACUUCCGCCAACGCCUCUACUUCUCCGCCAUAAGGAGUACAUCCCCUGCUCCUCCAUCAGUUUUCCUUCCUUCUCCUUCCUCGAUAUCUCCAUCUUUCUCAUCCUCUUCCUUCUUCUCAUUCUACUCUUCCUCGUCUUAUUCCUCUCCAUCUUCUCUGCGGCCGCCGCCAGCGCCAAUCAGAAUCGAGCGGACUAUUCCUUCGACAGCGCCACCCCCGCCGUACUUCGAUCCGUCAGCGGCUACAAACGUAUCUGCGCAGCUAGGGACGCAGGCGUUCCUGCCUUGUAGGAUCAGGAACCUCGGCAACCAGUCGAUAUCUUGGAUCAGGAGCCGGGACUCCCACAUCUUGACGGUGGACCGAUACACCUUCAUCGCUGACCAGAGGUUUCAGGCGUGGCAUGAAGCAGAUUCUGAGACCUGGACCCUGCAAGUCAAGUACGUCCAGGAGAGAGACGCCGGCCGGUACGAAUGUCAGGUGUCUACCGAACCCAAGAUGAGCCACUUCGUUCAUUUCCACGUCGUUACGCCCCUAGUGAAGGUUCCUGGAGGUCCGGACAUGUACGUAAAGAGUGGAAGUACUGUGACUAUCAAGUGCAUUAUCACCGCUGCACUCCACCAGCCUGAGUACAUCUUCUGGUACCAGGGCAAGGAACGGGUAGUGGCGGACGAGGUCACGGGCAGAGGUCGACAGGUGUUCUUGGAGCGUGUCUCAGAAGAUACCACUGUAGGCACGCUACUGAUACCAACGGCUUCCCCAAGAGACCAGGGGGCCUACACCUGUGCCCCGUCCACGCUCCCAAACGCAUCUGUCACACUGCAUGUUCUUAAUGCAGGAGAACACCCAGCAGCAAUGCACCACGGUGGGAGUCCCCACCCACGGCCAUCAACUUCCUGCACCCUGCUGCUAUCCUGCUUGAUGGCCACUUGGCUGAUAGCAGGAGCAGCAGCAGGCACCCUCCACCCUCCCCUGCUGCUCAUCUCUCUCCCUAGGUGAUCCAAACACCGCCCACCUCGCCCACCACGCCCACGGGCGCCCCCAACCUCCUGAAAGGUGGCUCAACCCAAGGACAAGCCGAUAUCGAAGCUACAGACGGUCCCACGAUAACGAUAUCACAGAUAUCGACGGUAUUACAAUACGUAUAUAUCAUGCUGAUUCUGGCUCUGGUGGACCCGUUAUAUCAAAGGCACUGUGGGUGCCUAAGACCUCUCCCUCUCUCACCAAAUUAGACAAUAUAUAUUUUUAUAUUAUUCUCAAAUUAUACGAGUCGUUCGUUAUCGUACUGAAUAUAAUUAGAUGACGUUGUUGUUAUAGGGAGUCGUUAGUCUGACGUCAC